GGGAAGAUACACACAACUUCCAAUGCACUAAGAUAAUGUACAUAAAUAUCAAUUCUACAGAUCUUUUUCUCGGUCUGGCUGAAGUCAUGAGCCGUUUCACCCUGUUUCUGCUAAUCGUGUUUACGGUUAGCCUACAGCUUCCUUCAAUUUUCGGAGCCGGGAUCGGUAACGGUGUCGGAAGCAGAAAGUCAACGUGUAACUUGUACCAAGGGAACUGGGUUUAUGAUGCUUCGUAUCCACUGUACAAUUCCGGGGAUUGUCCCUUCAUUGACAGUCUUUUUGAUUGCCAGAAAAAUGGUCGGCCUGAUCGGAACUACCUCAAGUAUAGAUGGCAACCCACCAACUGCAACUUGCCCAGGUUCGAUGGGAGAAAUUUCUUGCAAAAAUAUAGCGGGAAACGCAUCAUGUUCGUUGGAGAUUCCAUUCUUUUGAACCAGUGGCAGUCAUUUCUAUGCAUGCUUCACAAAGCAGUGCCUCAAUCCCCAUACACUCUAACACAGAGUGGAGGCAUUUCCACAUUUUUUUUCAAAGAAUACAAUGUCAAAAUUCAAUAUGUACAAGACCCUUUUCUAGUCGACAUUAAAAUUCAGCGUGUUCUUGGGAUGGACGGUCAACGUGUUCUUAAGCUGGAUCAACUCUCCAACUCCAAGGGCCAAAUGUGGCUGCAAAACGAUGUCUUGAUCUUCAAUUCUUGGGAAUGGUGGCCUCGUCCAAAAAAAUACGAACCAUGGGAUUUCGUUUCUUAUGGAACAAGAUUUCAUGCAGAAAUAGAUCGACCCACAGCCUUUGAGAGAGCAAUGGAAACAUGGGCAAGAUGGGUCAACGCCAAUGUUGAUCCCAACAAAGUUAAGGUCUUCUUUCAAGACAUCUCCCCAGCACAUACAAAUGCAAGUGAAUGGGGAGGCCGGAUGGGGAUGGACUGCAAAGGGCAAACGAAUCCGCUGAAGCCACCAUAUCCAGGGGGGCAAAAUCCAAUUGAAGUGAUAUUGAAAAGGGUGCUUGCAAACAUAACUGACCACAAAGUUAAUCUACUGCAAAUAACAAGCUUGUCUCAAUUGAGAGUUGAUGGGCAUCCUUCCAUUUAUGGGAGCAGAUCAGGAAUAAUUGGUUGCGGCCAUUGGUGUCUUCCAGGUGUUCCAGAUGUUUGGAAUCAAUUCCUAUAUGCAUCCCUUUUCGCAAACUAAAUAAUAUGUUAUACUAAAAUCGUCCACAUUAUGAUUUUUGAAAUACAAUAUGAAAAUUCUAAUGCAAACUAAUUUUUUGGCUUGAGUACAUUAUUUGAACCCAUAAAAUUAUUGUCAAUUUCUUGUUUGAUGACCUUCCUAGCAUGAGAGGAUGGAAAGAAAUAGUUUUAUUUAAUCAUUUUUAAGUGUGUCUUCC